CUAGAUGGGGCUGGGGGGUGGCGGGGGCUGGGUAGUUCUGCCUCCCCCCAGCUCUCGCUGCCAUUUCCUGCCAUGUGCCCAUCUCCGCGUCACAGCCCACAGCUCGUCCGCUGGUCACUGCCUCCCGCCCGUUUCCUGCCCCCGGGGGCCCCUGGGCUCAGAGCCGUGCGCGGGCCCCACUGAGUCAGCCGGGCAGGGGGCAGCGGGAGCCGGCCCCACGGGGGGAGCUGUCGGGCCAGGCUGGCUGCAGACUCAGGCAGGCGUCGCCGCUCCCCUGGCCGGGCGUCGCCGGGGCCGGGGCAGCCCCUCCCCGGGGGCUGCGUGUGGGGCGGGCGCUCGGCCGCGAUGCGCCUGGUGCUGUGGGUCGCCCUCCUGCGGCUGGCGGCCGGCUCCCGGCAGCGCGGUCACUGCCUGGGGGGCUGCGAGUUCUGGGUGGAGCAGCGCCCCCCGUGGGCUGCCCGGCCCGAGGGGGCGUCCCUGGAGAUGAGCUGCACCGUGGAGCCCCCCCCGCCGCCCGGGGCCCUCCGGGCCAGCUGGCACCGGGGCCGCCUGGCGACGGGGCUGGGCCAGGCCCGGCUGGAGAACGGCUCCACCAGCGUCCUGAGCACCCGGGCCCUGCGGGGCCACGACUCGGGCGUCUAUCGCUGCCACCUCGUCCUGCUGCUCUCGGGGCAGCCCUGCCUGCUGCUGGGGCCUGGGACCCACCUCCUCGUCACAGGUCCCCCUGCUCAGAACACGACCUGGCCCGGUCUGCAGGAGAACACAACCCGGUCCGAGCCCAGACGUCGAGGGCUGCCCCCCCAUCACUGGACCAUCCGGCUGCUGGCGCUGGGAGCAGGAAUCGUUCUCACGGCUGCCGUUGUGCUUUGCCUGCCCAGGAGGAGGGGAAGGGAGAACCGGGAAUGAAACCCGCUCGACUCGGCUCCUCUGGGAGUUUGCCUCAUUUCUGCUGGGCUGAGAGGAGCCUCGUUCAGAGUCGAAAUGGCACUUUCAACCCGGGAUCCCUCCUGCCCUGUCACCUUCUACUCCUGGGGGGAUUCUGCACCACUGCGCGCAUAAUUCAUGGGCUGCACCUAAUUUCCUGCCCCCCGCAGAAAAUAACUUAUGCCUGCAGUUCCGCCUUUUGCCCACCAGGGGCCCCUGUGGCGCUAGAACAGAGCAGCUGCUCGGAAGAGAAUUGGCUGCCCGCCCAUGGGGCCAGGUCAGGAGACGGGAUAUGGGGGGAUGGACGGUGUGGGGCACAUGGAGCUGCU